UUGUUAUAGAAACUACAGAUCACAAACGAAACGUAAGCCCAGACAUUAACAAACGACAGUGUUGUUUUAAUCAAGGUCGGCCGCGAGUUUAAAAAAGUUGGAGACUCAAAAUCGAUUGUUUUAGUACGAAUAGAGCGUUCUUUCGGAAAAGUGGGAGUUGCUUCAUAAAAGGCAGCAUGACUUGUACAAUGACCGUCCUUUUGAUGAUUGUUGAAGUAGUUUUAUUUGCUCAAUGCGCAUCCAAAGAGUUUCUACCCGCACCUCCGGGACAGUCUCCGAAAUGUUCAAAUGGCCGGACAUUUUGCGAAGCGAUCGACAACUAUCCGAGCGAUUUGAUAGCGAGUUUGGUGCUCAAAUCGGGACAGGUUAACUACAGACAGUUCCUGGUUGACGAAACAAAAGAUGAAUUUAUAAACACAGAUAUCCGAUCUGUUUCAGCAGGUGAAUUUUUCCAACCGGCGAAACCUCGGAGCAUUGCCCAAGGCUUGUUUGACUCUAUGGGCAAAUUCAAGCAUUUACUGGACGCCAUCGAAAACGACAUUGAGAACAAAGAUACGUACGUUGAAUUUUGUUGGGUGUGUUUCACGCCAGCACCGGGUGUCCCUGCAAGGUCAAGUAAAUCAGGGAAGAGAAAAUGUUGUAAAUUAUUUUUGAGUAUCUUAAAUGGAAACCGGAAACCCGUUGACUUGAAUUUUAAAGCCCCUUUUCUGCAAAAUAUUCUUACAUCGACGAUAGUCAGCGCUAUCGAUCGAGCUAUGAGCAAGGCGAUUGCGAUUGUUUACCUUGUUACCAGAUGGCGGUGUAUUUUACAAAUCAGGCAAGUGUCCAACAACCCAGUGAAUACUAUAUCUCAUUCCCUUUAUCCUAACCUCAAAUAA